AUGGACAAAUGGGAUAUUUUACCAUUCAAAUUCAAGCUUAUGUCACCAGAUGAAGUUCGCGAUGAAUGGCUGCGUUAUAAACGCCAAUUUGAAUAUUUAGCACUAGCAAAUAACGUCACAAAUAAAACACGGCUAAAAAACAUAUUCUUGGCACGCGCUGGUCCGGAUGUCCAAGAUGUUUUUAGCAGUAUUCCCGGAGCGGAUGUGGAGGAAGCAAUUGGUGUUGAUCCUUUUAAAGUGGCGAUAGAUAAGUUGAACGAAUAUUUCGCACCAAAACAACACGAAGCUUAUAAGAGACAUUUGUUUUGGUCAUUGAAGCCAUCCGAUCUUAGUGAACCAUUGGACAAGUUCUUACUGCGGUCGAUGGAGGCAGCUAGCAAAUGCAAUUUUGGAAACACUAAGCAAAAGAGUUACGAAAUCAGUAUAAUCGACAAAGUCAUUCAAUUAGCACCCUCGGACCUUCGUGAAAAACUGCUGGAAAAGGAAAAUCUUUCUCUAAAUGAUGUCACUCGAAUUGUAAGCAGCCAUCAAUCCAUUAAAUAUCAGGCAGGACAAAUAACACACAUAGAUCGUGGAGAGCAUUCCAGAUCAUCGGAGAUGAGCAGGAUUCGUAACACUUGGAGAGAUUCGGGAAUGUUAUGUUCUCGCUGCGGACGCAGAGGACAUAGUGGAACAGAGCCCAGAUGCCCAGCCAGAUACAAAUCGCGCGAUGUUUGUCAUAGAACCGGGCACUUUGCCAAAUGUUGCAAUACAGCAUUCAAACGCAGACUGCCGGAAUCGGAUGGCUCAUCAAAGAAACGGAUGGAGUACCAGCAUAUACGUUCAUUGGAGAAUGAGAAAGAAGAAGGUAAAUCAUUUUGUUUUGUUUUGAGCAUUGGAGAUGGAGAUGAAUUGUUGUGGGUGUCUAUUGGUGGAGUACUCGUUGAAAUGUUGAUUGAUUCAGGAUGUGAAAAAAAUAUAAUCGACAUUGAAACAUGGAAGAAACUAAAAAGCCUGGGCGCCAAUGUGUGCAACAUCCAUUUUACCUGUGAUCAAAACUUCAAGGGUUAUGGAAAAACUUCGAAUAUACUAAAAGUAAACAAAGUAUUCGAAUCAACAAUCGAGGUUAGUGAUUCAGAUAAGCAAGUACAGAAAGAAGCAACAUUUUACGUAUUAGAAGACGGCACACAGCCAUUGCUGGGACGAGUGACAGCAAAAGAAUUGGGCGUGCUGACAUUGGGCUUACCGAAGAUUCUGACGGAAGAGAUAUGCCAAUUGAAAUCAAAUCAAAAACGACCCUUCCCGAAAAUAAAGGAAAUACAGCUUAAUAUCCCCAUUGAUGAUAGUGUUACACCGAUAAGACAGCUCGCUCGUCGUCCACCGUUGGCGUUACUUGCAAAGAUAGAAGAAAAAUUGAACUCCUUAUUGAUUGCAGAUAUAAUUGAGCCAGUGGAAGAGUAUAGCUUGUGGGUUUCACCGUUGGUAACAAUUGUAAAAGAUAAUGGGGAGUUAAGAUUAUGCGUGGAUAUGAGACGCGCAAAUCAAGCGAUCAAACGAGAAGCCUACUUGAUGCCCACUUUCGAUGACUUUCUCCCACAACUAAAACAAGCGAGAGUAUUCAGUCGAUUAGACAUUAAGGAUGCAUUCCACCAACUGGAGCUUCAGGAAUCGUGUCGAUACAUAACUACUUUUAUAACUCAUAAAGGCAUUUUCCGUUAUAAGCGACUAAUGUUUGGCAUAUCAUGUGCGCCCGAAAUGUUCCAAAUGACCUUGGAACAGAAUCUAUCGGAUUGUGAAAAUGUAGUAAACUACAUCGACGAUAUCCUGAUUUUUGGGCCCGACGAAGCUGAACACGAUCGCGUCCUGAGCAAGGUUAUGCAAGUUUUGAAAUCAAAACAUGUACUACUCAAUCACGAAAAAUGUGUGUACAGAGUCAAGGAAGUUGUUUUUGUGGGACAUCACCUUUCCGCGCAAGGUAUACGGCCUACACAUGACAAAUUAGCAGCGUUAAAAUCGUUUAGAACUCCUAAGACAGUGGAAGAACUGAAAAGCUUUCUGGGUCUCGUAACCUAUGUAGGAAAGUUUAUACCCGAUUAA